GAUAGAGCUUUUCUUUUUUGCGGCGGGUGAGGACAAUUUAGAGCAAUACCUAAUAACCCAGGAGAUCCAGGCCCCACCUCCUCGGCCUCUUUGUAUGUUGAGACGUUGAAAUCCGCUUGUUAUAUUAGAUUAGAUGAGGUUUCCUACUCAUCUGAUGUGUUCUCUAGUUGGAGGCCGGUCCAAUGUUGUGCCUUUUGUCAGAUCUGUUAUUAAGCUAGGUCCUCCAUUUGCAGUCGUGCUAAAUAUGCGGAAGGAUUCUUGGACAUUCUUUAGGCUGCUGGGACGAAGGAAUUCUUAUCAUGCAAGCCUUGCAGAAGGUUUUAACAUCACAGAUGAAAUGCUAAGCCCACGCUCAUUCGCAAGACAGCUUGUAGACCAAAUAUCUCUAGCAAAAGCUUUUCUUGUGAUCUCUAAAGAAAGCAACAACCUCCAAUUUGCGGCUGAACUCAGCACGCAGAUCCGCUAUUCACAGGCUUUGCUAUCCCGUGUCGCAGCCAGUGGAAGGGCAGUCGCAUCAGAAGAAUUUGAGAAAGCAAUCCGCGACAUGGCUGUUCUGCUGUUCCAGGCCCAACAGCUCCACUACGACAGUUCAACCACAAUUGUGAAGAUGAAAGUUCAAAUUCAAUCUCUGGAAGAGAAGGCAAAAUUGGAGGCAGAUAAAAGUACAAGAUACGGGCAAAUUGCUGCUGAAGAACUCCCAAAAGGCCUCUACUGUCUCGGUAUCAGGUUAACAGUAGAAUGGUUUAGAAAUCCGCCUCAUCACAGAAAAAUGGUAGAAGCAAAGAGGACAUCAGAAAGGCUAAGAGACAACAGUCUCUACCAUUACUGUGUUUUCUCAGAUAACAUUGUCGCCGUGUCGGUUGUGGUGAACUCGACCACAAUGAAUUCAAAACGCCCUGAUUUAAUUGUGUUCCAUCUAGUCACUGAUGAGGUUAACUACAUACCAAUGAAGGCUUGGUUUUCUAUGAACAGUUUCCAUGGUGCAACUGUUGAGGUUCUGAAGGUAGAGGACUUCAGCUGGCUUAAUGCGUCGUAUGUCCCUGUUUUAAAGCAGCUUCAGAACACUGAGACCCAAAAUUUCUAUUUCUCUUCAAGCGGGAAUGGCAAAAUACCGAUCAAAUUCAGGAACCCGAAAUACUUGUCUAUGUUGAACCAUCUAAGGUUCUACAUACCUGAAGUGUACCCGGCACUGAAUAGAGUGGUGUUUCUCGACGACGACGUUGUCGUUCAGAAGGAUCUGAGCGAGUUAUUUACAAUCAAUCUCAAUGGGAAUGUGAUGGGUGCUGUAGAAACUUGCAUGGAGACAUUCCACAGGUUUCACAAAUAUCUGAAUUACUCACAUCCAUUAAUUCGUGUUCAUUUCGAUCCCGAUGCUUGUGGCUGGGCUUUUGGGAUGAAUGUGAUCGAUCUCAAAGAAUGGCAGAAAAAGAAUGUGACCGGGAUAUACCACUACUGGCAAGAGCAAAAUACGGACCAUACACUUUGGAAGCUUGGGUCUCUACCGCCCGGGCUUUUGGCAUUCUAUGGUUUAGUUGAAACAUUGGAUCCUAAGUGGCAUGUUCUGGGAUUAGGGUACACAAAUGUUGAUCCAUCUGUGAUUAAGGAGGGAGCGGUUUUGCAUUAUAAUGGAAAUAUGAAACCUUGGUUGAAGAUUGGGAUGGAAAAGUACAAAGGUUUGUGGGACAAGUAUGUGGACUACUCGCAUCCUUUAUUGCAGAGAUGCCUCUUGCACUAACUGAUCUUGGUGAUUUCCUCCUAUAUACCAGUCAUUAGGAUCCUUAUAUAUGCUAAAGCUAUGAUGACAUGUAGAAUUCUUUGUCGAGGGGGAUGGCGGAUCAACAUUCUUCUUCUUAUUUUUUUCCUAUUAAGUUCCUUACUUGUGGCUCUCUUCUUUCUUUCUUCAUCUGCGCAAAAAACUAUUAAUUUGUCAAGGGGGUCAAUUCCAGUCAGGUGAAACUUGAUAGCUCCGGCUAAUGCUGCGGAUAAUGAUCCAGAGGCUCAGUUGCUUAGUCAACCAGGUGGACCUCAGGAAACAAGUUCCUACCUUCUUUUUUUUUUCUUUUUUUUUUUUUCAUUCGAACCACAUGUAUCAGUACUCCAUUUCACAUUCGAAUUAUACAAUUUUGUAGAAGUUGAUGUAGAACCUUCUGCCAUUUAAAGAAUUUUCAUCAUUCUUCAGUUUAUGAGA